CACCUGCGGAUUAAAUUCAUCCUCUAGCCAGCUCCAAGAGUAUCUCUUCUUUAAGGCCUCUUACAACUCUUAUUAUUUUAUAAUUGCACUCUGUGCUCUACAAGUUUCUUUAUCCAUUCGGCUAGUGUUUAUUGAGCGUUUUUUUGCUAGGCACGGUCCUUGGUUCUAGGGACACAGGGUUGAAGAGGGUCACAUAAUCUAGCAUUAUCACGUUGCUGUGAAAUUCAGUGGUUAUGUGUUCUUUACACCCCACCCUCUCUUCCGAUUACAGUGAUUAUUUAUUAUAAUGAAGGCAGGAGUGGAAUCUUCAUGUUUGUAUACUCAGAGCCCGAACUGGAAUGCGGGUGACACACAUUAACCCUCUCCUUAUACUGCCACUGCCUCCUUGAAAGUAUCAAUUGUCCUAGGGCCUAGGGCAAUAGCUCAGUACGAGGCUGACCUCAUACUGCUCUUUCUGAUGUGGCAAAUGGACGUUUUCAAGUUACAGUCCUUUGCAGGUGGAAAGGCCAGUCAUCCCUUAACCUCAAUGAGUCAAUGUUUGCUGUAGCCAUGAAUUUAUUCACGAGUGUCUGGUUAUUUCUGGCAGGUCCUUUGACUCACUGACCAUUCUUGGCAUUCAUUUGUGUUCUGAACUAUGAUUCUGUUUCUCCCGGGGUGGUUUAGAAGCCCCAGCUUAAUAAUUUCCGACCUUAGUAAGUGCAAGAUUACAUUCCAAUGUACUGGAUUCAGCAGCUCCUUCCCCGCCCUCUUUCCUUGAGCAUAUAUGCUGCCGACUCGGAGGGCACCUCACUGGCCUUACAGGAUUUGUCCAGCCAGACCCGGGUGCGGGAACUCCAAGGCCAAAUUGCUGCAAUCACUGGGAUCGCCCCUAGCUGUCAGCGUAUCCUGGUCGGAUACCCACCCGAGUGCCUGGAUCUCAGCAACGGGGAUACUAUGCUGGGGGAUUUGCCCAUCCAAUCAGGCGACAUGCUGAUCGUUGAAGAAGACCCAGCCAGGCCCCACAGUUCGCCUGCAUUUACCAGACAUGGUGCUCCUAGUUAUGUCAGGGAAACGUUGCCUGUGCUUACCAGAACCGUGGUCCCAGCCGACAACUCUUGCCUCUUUACCAGUGUAUACUAUGUUGUUGAAGGAGGAGUCUUGAAUCCAGCUUGUGCCCCUGAGAUGAGACGCCUCAUAGCACAAAUUGUAGCAAGUGAUACAGAUUUCUAUAGUGAAGCAAUACUAGGAAAAACUAAUCAAGAGUACUGUGAAUGGAUCAAAAGGGAUGAUACUUGGGGAGGAGCUAUUGAGAUAUCAAUUUUGUCUAAAUAUUAUCAAUGCGAAAUAUGUGUAGUAGAUACACAGACAGUAAGAAUUGAUCGCUUUGGGGAAGAUGCAGGAUAUGCUAAAAGGGUCCUGCUUAUUUAUGAUGGUGUCCACUAUGACCCGCUUCAGCGUAACUUUGCUGACCCAGACACCCCUCCUCUGACCAUUUUCUCCUCUAAUGACGAUAUUGUCCUUGUCCAAGCACUGGAAUUAGCAGAUGAAGCUAGAAGAAAGAGACAGUUUACUGACAUAAAUCGCUUCACCCUGCGAUGCAUGAUAUGUCAAAAGGGACUAACUGGACAAGCAGAAGCAAGGGAACAUGCCAAGGAAACAGGCCAUACCAACUUUGGAGAAGUGUGAUCUCUGCAUGCUGGGGAUUAAAGCCUACUACCUCACAGAUCCAGAAGGUUCUGGGUCUUCCAAUAAGCUAUUCACAACCCUGAAGAACAAAGAACACAAUGCUUGAACCAUCCUUUUAACUUAAAACCACUAAGGCACUGAAAUUCCUUGAUAAGAUUAAAAUUGGUGUGCAAGUUUACAGAUGUGUGUCUAGAGCAGUGAUACAUGCCCUCUUUCUGCUGGGGUGACAGAACAGAUGGUCCAUGCUACUGACGGACACUAACCUGAAGAGUGAGUUUUAGUAUUAUAAACUAUCACCCAGCAGCAUUAGCUUGUAGAAGAAAACAGCAUCAUAUUUUGGGUAACGCAGAAGGCCUGGUGUGAGGCCAUUGGACAUAAACCACGAUGUCUCCAGUAAUUAAGUCCUUUUAAAAACUCCGAGCUAAUAGUUUCAAAAUUACGAAUUGAUUCUUCACAUGAAGAUACACAGAAUUGUCAAAACUUUUUAUAUUGCAGUUUGGUAGACUUUGUAAAAUGUGUACUUAGCCAAUUGUAAGUACAUAACAAGCAUCUUUACAGGGAUGAGUCUGUUCCCUGACAAUGGUACUAAAAACAGGAACUGAGAGUGCCCAAUUUAGGAGGUCUGAUGUAUAAAAGUAGAUUGUAUGAGGGAAAAGGUGCCUGAGUAGCUUACUGAAGCUCUAAAAGAACAUUGGCCUCGUGUUUUAAUGAAAUUUAUUAAUCUUUGUCACAUUGGAUAAAAUUUAAAAUUAAGCAGGGUGUGUCUUUUUAGUUGAAGUUCUAUAAAAUUGGAAUGCUUGAAUUUUGCUUUUUACAUAAAGAUUUGGAGGGAUUUAAUUUCCUCAGCUUUUUGUUAAGAGACUUCCUCCAACUCCUAAAGAAAUGUUCAUCUAAAGUGAUAAUGAUAUGCUUUGGUUUGGUUUUUGUGAGAUCUUUUGCUUAUCUAAACAGUAUUUGUUUUUAUCUUAGCCUUAUCCUGCCACUGAUGCUCUUGCAAUAAUUUCACCUUUCUGCAAAUAAGCACUUUGCUUAUCCACAGUCUUUUACUUGGAUUUCUGAAGAGUUUUAAAGGGAUUGAGGUAAUAAUAUUGAAAGAAUUAGUUUCACUUCCAAAAUAUGACAGAUUUUUAAAAUUCUUGCCUUACCUGAAUAAGCUUCUUCCUAAUAUUAGAUGUCCUUAAGGCAAACCCUUUGAAACUUAGCUUUACUAUGAGAUCUUCCAGAUAAAAGUUUUCUACCUCUUUUUGUAAAUCUUCUGAAGGUCGGGGAUGCUAAAUUAUAAUUUGUUAUGUAUUAUCUCACAUUAUGUGAAGAGGCUUAGUGUUGUGAAGUUUUGUUAUAUUGGUCUCAUUUAUUUUUAUUAAGUAUUUCACUUAGAAAACCAAUGGUAUUAAAUCUCUUUCACUACAUCUUCUUGACAGAUGUUAAAAAGUUGGUACUUUUAACAUUUUUCACUGGUGAAGGUGGCCAUAUUAAAUUAGGGAACAUGUAAACAAUUUAAGGGGAAAGUACCCUUAAGGAACAAUUCACAAAGUAUGCUUGAAAUAAUUAAAUGACUUUUUUUUAGUAACUUGGGUGUGAAUAGCUGCUUUAGGCAAAAGUUGUUAUGGUCAGUAUAACUUAAAAGUAUUUAAUUUUCUAUUUUCCUGAGCCUUAAAAAUAACACUUGUGAGUUUGUGAUAUUUAGUGUUUGACAGUCAUAAUAUGUAUAGAUGAAUAUGAUUGAAAAUCUCUUAGUACCUGUCUGUCCUCUAGUCUAAAAGGUUUUUGUAUCUCUUAUUUCCCCCAGAACAUAUUAAAUUUAAAACUGUCAGUUGAUACGACACUGGGUAGCAUCCAUCAAAUUGUUUGCCUUCCUUUCUUAGGUACUUUUAGAGAAAUAUAUUUAUGCAACAAAUAUUUAUUGAGUAACUGAUAAUCUACCAGGCAUCUAUUGAUGUGUUUUCCAACAAAAUUUCUUUCACUUUAAAAUUGAGUGUACUCUAUUUACAUAGGAUUAUGUUAACAAAUGGAAAGAAAAAAAACCUGAUACUUUAUAAAAUUAAACCCCUCAAUCUUAAGUAUUUUUGUUUGCUUGUUUAAGCUUACACUAUUACAGCAAGUGUCAAGGGUUUAUGUAGGGGUCUUAUUUUAUUCUCAUUUACCUGUUGUCUAGGUCGUCUACCACCUGGAAACUGAUACUUAGUCAAAUUGCUUUUUAAAUUAAUCAGCUGCUAAAAUUCAGCACUAGGACUUUAAUAUUCUGAUCACGGAAAAUUUGAGAUUGCAGAUUAUUUGAUUUAAUCAUUGAGGAUUAAACCCUAAGCUUGUACUCAUUCUAAACUCAUUUAUUAUGAGCCUCACAGAAUAUAAGAGUUUUAUACUGCACUUACUAAACUCUUGAAAUUAGGGUAUUAACAUACAAAUUCUAAUCUGGAGAAAUGUGAAAACUUAGGGAGUUAGUACUCGCAGUAGGAUUAAAAGAUACUUUUUUUAUUCUUUAUUGAUUUGAGAGAGAGAGGAAGGGAGAGAGAAAGAGAGAAACAUCAGUAGUAUUUCAGGACGAUGCUCUAACCAACUGAGCUACCUGGCAGGGCCAGAAACUUUUUCUCAAAUUUGCACUUGAGCAGAAUGAAACCCUUCCUAGUCAUUGUUUUUAACCACCAUACAAGAACUUUUUUUCUUAACUAAAAUGAGAAUUGUUUACAUUACUGGCAAAAUAAAGAUUGCUUUUCCAUUCCCCACUUCUGUUACUCUUCUUUCCCUUAUUCUUUUUGGAUUGAAAAAUUAGGUGUAGGGCUCUGAAGAUGCACUCUAGAGAGAGUGAUUUCAGAAGCUGAAAUGAUAUCCUUAGGAAAUUUGUGAUUUGAUAGCCAUAUGAAGACACCAGUGUGGUACCUCUUCUGUUAAUGGUUUGUGGCUGAUUUUUUAAUUAUUUCCUGUGAAUGAAAAAUGGGCACAGUCAAAGUCUGGCUGCUGGUUGGCUUGACCCUCUUGGCAAAAAGUAGUAUAGUUAUGCCACUUGAUUAUUGCAUGAAGUUCAAGUUCCCACAGAAUCAGGAAUGAGUUAAUGUUAAUAUUAUUUAUCUAUACAUGCCCCUAAGCAUCCAUGCCUAUCUUGUUUACCAAGUUUUUUCUUACUUAUGUAGACUUUUUUCACAACAUGGAUGUUGAAAGUAAAGUUGCCCUAGCUAAACAUAGUUUUCUGUGUCUUUGAAAAAAAAUUGACCGGGAGUAUGCAAGAUCAGCAACAGAGAGAUGGUUUUCUUUACGAAUCAAUGAGGUGGCCUUCCUAAACUUUCAUAUGUUAAGGUUUAUAUUUCUUCAUAUGUUGCAACAUGCAUUUUGAAUUAUUUGCUGCACUUUAAAAAUAUGAAAUAGAAGUUUACAUGUUAGGCCUCCCCAGGGAUCUUAUUAAAGGCAUUAAAAUGUAAUCCUUGGGCUACUUACAGUCAGCUCUUCAUAAGCAACAAUUACCAUCAGUGUAUAUUGUAUCCAGUAGUACAACAUUCUGGUGUUUUGGUAACAAUAGCACUCAAUUUCAGUAACGAUGAGAAGCAUGCUCAGUGCCCUAGUAUUCAAAAUGUUACCUAUUUCUAUAAUGUGAUUGUUCUUUAUCCAUUGUACAGUGCAGUUUCAAAUUGCUCCUUGUAGCACAAAGAUGACUUAACUCUGAAAAGAUUAGAUUCUGAAAACUUCCUUUGUUUUUAAGCAGACUUACUUUAAAGAAGCUGAUUUUUAAGUCAGAGGCCUCAAAAGUACCAUACAUAAUAAGCAACGUCGUUUUUAAGACUACAGGGAAGCACUUGAUUUGAAUAAGCUAGCUUAUUAACUAAAGAUGUUUUCUUACUAAAAGUUAUAAUAUUUUAGCACACUUCACCCAACUUAGAAUGUAAAUCCCUGAUUGUGGGAAAGGGUUUUAUUUCUUGCUGUUGUUCUCCAAAAAUUGACUGGUGUUUUGUUUACAGUGCUAGGACUAAUUAACUUUGAAGAAAUUGCAUCGAUACUGAAUUGUGGGGUUCUGAUUUAGGUGACCAGUAACCCUCCCAUGCCAUUUUAGAGUGAGGGGAGAAAGGGGCAGGAGGAUAGAAUACCACUUGAAUAGAAGAGACUCACAGAUGAAUGCAUUCCUAGUCAUGAAUUUUCACUUUUGGGGAAAUUCUUCAAGCAAUGCCCUUGUGUCACCUUAAUCCUCCCCCCAUCCCUUAUUUCUUGGCUUAGAAUGUACCGGGAUCAUAGCUGAAAAGCUAGUGAUUCAAGUGUAAAACCAUGACUAUAAGCAUUUUGGUAUGAUGCCUUUUUAUACUUGUUUUUAAAAGAUACAAACCUACAACUAGGAGUUUAGGGAUAGUGAAGAUAUGAUUUGGUUAAGUUGUAGGUUAAAAAAGAAAAGGUUAAACUAAGAAAGCUUUAGAAUCUCUACUGAGACAAGUAAGCCUGACUUUAUAGCUGAUCUAGGAGGUAUAGUUAUUUGCAGCCAGUGAGCUACAAGGACCAAGGCAGCUGAUUCUUGUCAGUUUCCCAGUUCACUGUGGUGCCAUUCAGGACCCAAGUUGUUUACAGGAAAUAUGAUUUCCUGAGCAAAAAGUAAUUCUUCCUUUAAGAAAAGUAAGAAUUCAGCUUAAAAUGCAAAAUAAAUAUGUAUAGUUUGUUGAGCAGUGUACAUUUUCUGUAUUAAUGCAGUAGAGGAGGAAUUGCCUGAAACAAGAAGAAAACCACAAAACUGCCAGACUUAGGGCUUUUGACCAUGACUUGAGAAAGUAGUACAGAAGAGCAAAAUGGAACAAAGUUCUGAUGUUCUUGUUACAAGAAAAUAGUUUUCUUAAUGACAUGGACAGUGUUUUCUUGUUUUAAAAAUGUUCUCUUGUCUAUUUGCCAACAUUUUUUUUUCAAAGUUAAUGCACUGCUGCUACUGGAAAGAUGUCCAGUUUUAUUUUGUACACCUCUUAUGUGCUGUUGCCAAUGUCCUUAAACUGCAUUGAUUUUUAUUUAUAAGGUAUGUGAUCUUAAAUAUCCAAAUGCUGUAUGAAAUGACUUGUUUUUGAUGAAUAAAUGAAGUGAAAAUA